AUGAUUGCGGCCCAGCUACUCGCCUAUUACUUCACUGAGCUCAAGGAUGACCAGGUUAAAAAGAUCGAUAAAUACCUGUACUCCAUGCGUUUCUCUGACGAGACGUUAUUGGACAUCACGCAGCGGUUUCGUAAGGAGCUGGUCACAGGGCUGGGUCGGGAUACUAAUGCCACUGCAACACUGAAGAUGCUGCCAACAUUUGUGCGGUCAAUCCCUGAUGGAUCAGAGAAAGGAGACUUCAUUGCACUUGAUUUGGGAGGCAGUAACUUUAGGAUCCUCCGUGUCAAAGUGAGCCAUGAGAAGAAACAGACUGUUCAGAUGGAGAGUGAAAUCUACGACACGCCAGAGGACAUUAUUCACGGCACUGGAACGAGACUGUUCGACCAUGUGGCAGAGUGUCUCGGCGACUUCAUGGAAAAACACAACAUCAAAGACAAGAAACUCCCGGUUGGUUUCACCUUCUCCUUUCCCUGCCAACAGACCAAACUGGAUGAGGGCUAUCUGAUAACAUGGACUAAGCGUUUCAAGGCCAGUGGAGUAGAGGGGAUGGAUGUGGUCCAGUUGCUUAACAAAGCUAUCAAGAAACGAGGGGACUAUGAGGCUGACAUUAUGGCAGUGGUAAAUGACACUGUGGGAACAAUGAUGACCUGUGGCUUCGAUGACCAGCGCUGCGAAGUCGGCAUUAUCAUCGGUACAGGUACUAAUGCGUGCUACAUGGAGGAGCUGCGUCACAUUGACCUGGUGGAGGGAGACGAGGGCAGGAUGUGUGUCAACACUGAGUGGGGAGCCUUCGGCGACGACGGCAGGCUGGAAGACAUCAGGACAGAGUUUGACAGGGAAAUAGACAGAGGCUCUCUCAACCCGGGCAAGCAGCUAUUUGAGAAGAUGGUCAGUGGCAUGUACAUGGGGGAGCUGGUUCGUCUCAUCCUGGUGAAGAUGGCCAGAGAAGGCUUGCUAUUUGAGGGAAGGAUCACCCCUGAGCUGCUCACUAAAGGGAAGAUUGAGACAAAGCACAUCUCAGCCAUAGAGAAGAGUAAGGAAGGGCUGACCAAGGCAAGAGAGAUUUUGAGCAAACUUGGUUUGGAGCCAUCAGCGGAUGACUGCAUCGCUGUGCAACAUGUUUGUGCCAUUGUGUCUUUCCGCUCUGCCAACCUGGUCGCUGCCACACUGGCUGGCAUCCUGAUGAGGCUGAAGGAGAACAAAGGGGUGCAACGUCUUCGAACCACUGUUGGUAUCGAUGGCUCUCUCUACAAGAUGCACCCACAAUAUUCUCGUCGUCUUCAUAAGACAGUCAGACGUUUGGUCCCGGACUGCGACGUUCGAUUCCUCCUCUCGGAGAGCGGCAGUGGAAAGGGUGCCGCCAUGGUGACCGCUGUGGCCUACAGACUCGCCGAACAAUCACGACAAAUCGCCCAAAUACUUUCUGAGUUUUCCCUGACAACCGAACAGCUGCUGGAGGUGAAGAAGAGAAUGACGACAGAGAUCCAAAACGGCCUUUCAAAGAGCACUCAGGACAUUGCCACUGUCAAAAUGCUGCCAACCUUUGUACGAAGCACUCCUGACGGCACAGAGAAUGGUGAUUUCCUGGCUUUAGAUUUAGGAGGAACCAACUUCAGAGUUCUGUUGGUCAAAAUUCGCUCUGGGAAGAGGAGAUCAGUGGAGAUGCACAACAAGAUCUAUGCUAUUCCUCUCGAAGUAAUGCAGGGGACAGGAGAGGAGUUGUUUGAUCACAUUGUACACUGUAUCAGUGACUUCCUGGACUACAUGGGGAUGAAGAAUGCUCGUCUUCCUCUGGGCUUCACCUUCUCGUUCCCCUGCCUACAAACCAGCCUGGAUGCUGGCAUAUUGAUGACAUGGACCAAAGGCUUCAAGGCAACAGACUGUGAAGGGGAAGAUGUGGUGGGACUGCUGAGGGAGGCCAUUAAAAGGAGAGAGGAAUUUGAUCUGGAUGUGGUGGCCGUUGUAAAUGACACGGUGGGAACCAUGAUGACCUGUGCCUACGAAGAACCCACCUGUGAGGUUGGACUUAUUGCUGGCACUGGCAGUAAUGCAUGUUACAUGGAGGAGAUGAAGAACAUUGAGAUGGUAGAGGGUGAUGAGGGACAGAUGUGUGUCAACAUGGAGUGGGGAGCUUUUGGAGACAACGGGUGUCUGGACGAUAUUAGGACAGAGUAUGACCGGACUGUGGAUGAAUUGUCUCUCAAUCCAGGCAAACAAAGGUAUGAGAAAAUGUGCAGUGGCAUGUACCUCGGGGAAAUUGUGCGGAACAUCCUUAUAGACAUGACCAAAAAAGGAUUCCUGUUCAGAGGACAGAUUUCUGAAACACUGAAGACCAGAAGCAUCUUCGAAACAAAGUUCCUCUCACAGAUAGAGAGUGACAGAUUGGCUUUGCUACAGGUGCGAUCAAUCCUGCAGCACUUAGGGCUGGACAGUACCUGUGAUGACAGUAUCAUAGUCAAAGAGGUAUGUGGGACAGUAUCAUGUCGUGCCGCUCAGCUGUGUGGCGCAGGAAUGGCGGCAGUGGUCGAUAAGAUUAGAGAGAACCGUGGACUGGACCAUCUGGACAUCACCGUAGGAGUAGACGGGACAUUGUACAAAUUACAUCCACAUUUCUCCCUGAUCAUGCACCAGACAGUUAAAGAACUGGCUCCAAACUGUAACGUCAACUUCUUGCUGUCAGAGGACGGAAGCGGAAAAGGAGCCGCACUCAUCACAGCCGUGGGCUGCCGGCUAAGACAGGAACUGAACGGCAAAUAGAAAAUUUUCUCUGUCUCACUGUUAUCUCAUCCCCCUCUUCCCCCAGUUCUCAACCAUUGUCUUCUUUCCUCCUAAACCAAACAAGUCCAGCCGACAUAUCAUGCUCCAAUAGCUGCUUUAGUCCGUCUACGUGACACAGAGAAAAAGGGAGAUUUUCUCUGUUGUGCUGAAUGGCAGAGGUUCUCUGUUGUAGUUAGAUUUAUUAACAAUUGUGACACCACCCAGACUCUUAAGGUUUUUGCAGGUUUGUGUUCUCUAUGGAUAAAAGCACACUCAACUCGUUUAAAUGCAGGACAGUCACGUGCUCUUAAAAAAAAAAAACCCUCCUCUGUCUCCAUCUGGAGGAAUUCUCUGGAACUGCAUUCUGUUAAAACUUCCAGGUCAGCACGCCAGUUGCAGAGAAACAGAUUGGUUUUUGCAGCAUGUUUAGUUGAAGCAAAGUCAUAAAAACUCUUUUUGACCAAAGUCACUGAAGUGUGUCUGCUGUAGAGGUGUGAUUAUAUUCAUGUGUCCUGAGAUGAAAGGGAAUUUUUUUUUUUUUUUUGCUUUUUUGGUGUUUGAUAUCUUACCCACAUAUAAAACAAUAUGUUAUACAUACAUUGUUGUUAUUUAUUGUAUUUUUAUAUACUGGGAUAUGCUGAAGAAAUGUGUUACUGUUGCAAAAAUGAUACACACAAAGGAAGCCAGUGAAGAAGUUCCCUCAGAUGGUACCUGUCCUGUAUUUAAAUGCUGAAGCAUGACAGCAGAGGGACUUUUACAAUGACUUAAUCAGCAGGAAAUUGUUGUUUCAUGUUGCUUGAUCCAGUGGUUUUCAAAGUUAAUGCCCCACAGCCUACACUGCUUUCAUCAACAAAAAAACCCAAACAUUUCACCUGGAUUUUACUUCAUAUUUUUCCUCUGGUCCAAUACAGCUGACCUGCAAUGGCUCCAUGCUCAUCCAGUUGGAGAACCACUGGUCUGAUCUAAUAGAGCAGUCUCUUUUAUUGUCUGUACUUUGUUGUAAGUUAUGUCUAAUUGUGUCCUGUCAUUGGUACCAAUGACAGCUGUUGACAGUAUAUUGAUUUCUUAAGAAGACCUGGUUGCGGUCAUCACUGCGAUGAGACGUUAACAGCUACUUAACCAUGAAACAGGAAUGUGGUGCUAACAUGGAUGCCAGAGGAACAACAGCAGCAAUAUUCUGUAUAUAUAUAUAUAUAUACAAAUAAAGAACUUUUAAGAGGGCUUUUAAUGUUUUGGGAAAAAGGCACAUACUGUACCCCUUUUAGAUUACCAGCUCCUAAAAGCUCAGGAGAAUGUCUAAGGUAACUACUGUAAGGCUCAUUCAUGUAGCAUAAUUUAUGCAAAUUAAUAUUUAUUUUUGCUGUAUUAAAAGCCAAAAAAAAAUAUCACAACUAAGUCAACGAUGAUCCAUUAUGAAUCUAUUAGAGAGCUUAAGAAGAAAAAUAUCUGUUCUAAGAUCAGUGAUGCCCAUGGAGGGUGGGAUAUGGUUGAGAUGUGAAAGUGUAUUUUAAAUAUUUAAACUGAUACCAACCAAGCUAGAAGAAUGUCCUUUGCUACCUUUUAUUUAAAUUGUAUGAUAAAGAAGACCAUAGCUCUAAUUUACUCCAAAUGCCUUCAGAUUAACCCCAGAAUGUCCAGUCAUGCACAAACACCUUAAUCUGUGUGAUUCUGUUCACGAGGGAUGUAUCUGUUCAACACUGUCAAUCAGUCGCUAAAUAAAAUCAGACCUAUCAAAACAA